UAAGCUUAAUGAAGUUAGUAGAACCACCUGAAAUAAAUCAAAUUAGGCAAUAGCCCAUAAUCCUUCUAAGAAUCUCAGACGAACCCCUAAAAACCCACGUAAUAAAAAACAUAGUAGCAUCAGAGGUGGAGAGAGAGAUUUGUGUCGAGUGACAUUGUGACAUGGAAUUCCAUAUAAUAGUCCCAGUCAGUCCCAUAGUUAGUGACUAUUAGUAACUGAAAGUUUAGAGAGAGAGAGAGAGAGAGAGAGAGAGAGAGAUGGCGGAGAGUUCCAGUUACAAGGAAUAUGUGGCAGGCUUAGUCGCCGGUGUGGCCACUGUCAUCACGGGUCACCCUUUCGACACAGUUAAGGUGAAGCUGCAAAAGCACAAUACUGAAGCACAUGGGGUUACAUACAGGAGUGGUUGGCAUUGCACUACAAGAAUACUGAAGACUGAAGGAUUUAGAGGACUUUAUAGAGGGGCAACACCAUCUUUUGUUGGGGUGGCUUUUGAGAGUUCUCUUCUUUUUGGUGUUUAUUCCCAAACAAAGCAGUCACUGCAGGGAGGUGUACAAAGUAGUUGCCCACAGCCCCAAGUGAUUAUUCCUUCUGCAGCUUUUGGGGGAGCUCUCAUCAGUUUUGUGUUAUGUCCAUCAGAGCUGGUGAAGUGUAGGAUGCAAGUUCAAGGUGCUGACUCUUUGGUUCCAAAGUCAAGUAGAUACAGUGGUCCCCUUGAUUGUGCCCUUAAAACUGUAAAAACUGAAGGGGUUACAGGCAUUUUUCGUGGAGGUUUUACAACAUUGCUAAGAGAAUCUAGUGGCAAUGCAGUCUUUUUUAGUAUUUAUGAGUAUGUUCGUUAUUACAUGCAUUCACAACUAAAAGCUGCUUCAUCUGAAAACAGCCACUUGAUUGACGCGGGAAUUGGGAUUUUGAGUGGUGGCCUUGGUGGUGUAGCUUUUUGGUCUGCUGUUUUGCCCCUUGAUGUGGCAAAAACCAUAAUACAGACUUCCCCAGAUAAAAGCUCUUCAAGAAAUCCGUUUCAAAUCUUGAGCUCGAUUUACAGGAGGGCUGGACUUAAAGGAUGCUAUACAGGUCUGGGUCCCACCAUUGUUCGGGCAUUUCCGGCCAAUGCAGCAGCAAUUGUUACCUGGGAGCUAGCAAUGAAACUUUUAGGGAUCAAGCAUGAGUGAGGAUGAUGAUAUGUUCAAUACCAAAUGCUUUAAUUCUCUUCCCAUUCCUAUAACACAUCCACUCAUGGCUGCUUGGCAACAUUUCAGAUCCAAAAUUCCUGAGAGGCUUGACCCUGGGACUGAUGAUAUUGGAUAUAAAAGCUUCACUUGAUUUUUUUGAAAGGGAGCUUCAGCAUCAUUUGAUUUUUUAGUUGAUUCUUUGUGUGGUUCGACUGACAAAUGGGAACUGUUUGGAAUUACUGAGAUUUUUCUUGUCAGAGCCUCUUUUGCUUGGCCUUUUUUCUUUUAAAGAUGUAGGAUGGAUUGCGAGAUACUAUUAGACCGGUUGAAGAUGUGGCUCAAGCAUGUUCAGUUUGAGUUAGGUGAGCUUGGUCAUUGAAAAAAACAUUCAUGAGAGUGAUUGUAACUUGUAUUCCUGAUUGGUGGGUUUUCUCUUUUUUUUUUGGAAGUGCUGGACAAUCAGUACUAAGAAAAUAAAAGUUUUAUUUUAUUUACUA